CAAUGUGUCAUCCUUCCAAAGAUAAGCCUUUAUAAAACCACAUACCAACCUCAAUUAGCUCUCUCACAUACCAAACUAUCUUAAAUAGUUCUGUUUGUGAAAAUGGCAAAAUCCAUGCGCUUCUUUGCCACUGUGUUACUUCUAGCAAUGCUUGUCAUGGCUACUGAGAUGGGACCAAUGACAAUUGCAGAGGCAAGACGUUGCGAGUCGAAAAGCCAACGUUUUAGGGGACCAUGUGUUAGAGAGAAGAACUGUGCCGCCGUCUGUGAGACCGAAGGAUUUUCCGGUGGCGACUGUCGUGGACUCCGUCGCCGUUGUUUCUGUACUAGGCCAUGCUAAGAAUGUUACCAUAUGUUAUAUAUGUAAAAACUUAAUUUGAGAAACUAUUGAAUAAGCAUUAUGAUUGUUCAAAGAUUAACGUGCUAGUUUUGUUACUAAUUAAACUAGUCGUGAUCUUUGAUCGUAUGCAAUAUUGUUGGUAGAUUUAUUGCGGUUUGUGAUUUCUAUGAUGUAAUUUUUGUAUUCUACAACGUUAUGGAUAAACUAUCUUCUUUCCUCUAAAUUAUUGUGUGUGGUGUUGUGUGGUGUUGAUGUAAAUUUUGUUAUGUUCUAUUUAAAAGAAGAAAAGAUUGUCGGUGUGUUUGGUA